CACCACAAGAUACUACAUAAAUAUACCUAUUCAUACAGACUAUGAACCCUAUUGUAUGGAAACCUGAAUUUUAGAAAUUGAGCGUAUCAUAAUCCCAGACCUUCAAAACGUAAAGAAAAGUCACUCCCCGACCCACCUUACACUAUCGCAACUUGGACAGUACUACCAAAAAGUCGGUAAAAUACAGUGUCUAGCUGAGCUAUGUAAAUAGUAUCAAAAAAAGUAGCCAACACGAUAACAUAUACCAGAUAAGUUCAAUGUACCCACGACUUUGUUGUAUUCCCAUAAAAUGACAUCACAAUUUCUCAAAACGGAAUAACUUCAAAGUACAUACAUAUCUAAGUUGUUGAGCGUUGCUCAUUUCCCACAUUUCUGAAUUUAGUUCAAUUAUUCCACGAAGAAAAUGUCAGAAAAAGUAACAGUUACCGUAAAAGAAGGAAAAGUUCGAGGCAUCAAAAAAAAGUCAACAUUUUCAAACACCGAAUAUUACUCGUUUUUUGGUGUACCAUAUGGACAGAGCACUGCAGGAACAUUACGCUACAAGGACCCUGUACCAAUCAAACCUUGGAAAAAUGUCCGCGACGCAUCGAUUGAGAAGAAAAGUGGCUGUUUGCAGUAUUCAAUGCACUUUAAAUGCAUUUGCGGGUCUGAAGAUUGCCUAUACCAUAAUAUUCACACUCCCAAAAUACCAUCAAAAGGCGACCCUCUAAAAGCUGUGAUAGUCAAUAUUCAUCCGGGAGGAUUACUUCAUGGUUCUCCAGAAACAUGACAUUAUGGAUCACCCGAGUUGAUAAUGCAUCUCGAUGUUGUAUACGUCUCCAUAGCUCAUAGACUGCAUUUUCUAGGAUUUUUGAACUUGGGCCUUGAAGAAUGCCCGGGUAAUCAAGGAUUAAAGGAUAUAAUAAUGGGUCUGCGAUGGAUAAAAGAUAACAUCAGCGUAUUUGGUGGUGAUCCUGAUAAUGUGACAUUAAUAGGGAGUAGCAUUGGAUCUACUUUGAUACAUUUCCUCAUGUUAUCGCCAUUAGCAAAAGGAUUGUUCCACAAGGUCGUUAUGAUGGCAGGAUACGUUUUCAAUCCCUUACGUAUUUCUACUGAAGAAAACGUGACAUCGAGUUCACAAAUUGCUCAAGAUCUUGGUUAUGAAGUGACUGAUAAAACAGAUAAGAAAAAAUUACUAUCAAUUUACAGAAAAUUGGCGGUGGAAUCACUCGUUCAAUACAGACCUGAUCGUUCAAUCAACAAGAAUUCAGGUACGCCAUUCCCUGGCUCUCCUUUUAUGCCGACAAUAGAUUCAGGAGAGAACGGCGCGCUACCUUUACAUCACAGAAAAUUAAUCGAAACAACCACACGAGUGCCUGUAUUAUUUGGAAUUUGUGAAAAAGAAGCCGUUUUAGGAUUCUGCAGCGGGAUGAAGGAUGGUACAACAAAAAAUUUCUUUACUGUUAUUCGAAACAACUAUUUUGGCUGGGGACACGAUGUUACAGAUGAUGAAAUUAAAUACAUCAAAAAUCAAGUAGAAGAUUUUUAUUGGAAAGGAAAACCAAUAGAGACAGCUCCAAUACCACUUAAAAUUGAUAUUCUCACAGAUAUGGCGUAUUCGGAUAUAUACAAUACAUUAAUUAAUGUGGUCGCAAAAGACCUUCCUUCAUCAGCUUACGUUUAUAAGUUUACAUUCGAAGGUAAUGCUGGAACGUUAAGAGAUGUACUAAUUGGAUCGCUGGGUGAAUCAGUAGAAGGAACUUUUCACGCCGACGACUUUUGUUAUUGGUCAAAAUCUACGAAUCGUUGGGACAUGCAUGAUCGACAAUACACUCCGGAAACUACUAAAAUGAUUCACACUUUCACCAAAAUCAUUGGGAAUUUCGCUAAAACUGGGAACCCAAAUUGUGAGGAUCUUGGAACACAUUGGAGCCCAUCGACUAUUGAGACGCCAUGUUAUAUGAAAAUAGAUAAGAAAAUGGAAUUGAUAGAUGGCAAAUUGAAUGGAAAACGAAUGGAAUUUUGGGAAAAUUUAAAGAAAGAAUUGAAAAAAUAAUAAAAUAAUUUUCAAAUUUGAA